UAAAACGUUAAAACCCGAAAGCUUUUGAACGAAAGAAGGUAUAAAACACUUCGCUUAACUGGUUACAGCUCUGCUAAUUUUGAUGCAAUCAGACUAAGCAAGAUCGACGGAAUCAAAAGAAAUCGGAAGCAAUUGCAGUUCUCUGUGGAAGGUUUUGGCUACGACAAUUUAACAAGGAUCGUCUGAAUCAAUUUCAGAUGUCUAAUGAUGAGGAGAAUCCUAAACUUGGUGAGACCAAUAAAAGUCCAGAAUUUUCUUCUUCCGCGAAUGAUAAUCAAGCAACAUGGUAUAAUGGCUUGCUCCAGCAAGCUUCGGUCUAUGGCGUUGCUGCUGGAUACUGCAUUUCAGCAUCUUUGCUCUCCAUAAUUAACAAAUGGGCUGUGAUGAAAUUUCCUUAUCCUGGAGCCUUAACCGCACUACAGUAUUUCACAAGUGCAGCAGGUGUUCUCAUUUUUGGGUGGUUAAAGUUCAUAGAGUAUGACCGGCUUGACCUUCUGACAAUGUGGCGGUUUGUACCAGCGGCUGUUAUAUUCUACCUUUCUCUCUUCACCAACAGCGAGCUUCUGCUUCAUGCCAAUGUUGAUACCUUCAUUGUCUUUCGUUCAGCGGUCCCAAUCUUUGUUGCAAUAGGGGAAUCCCUCUUCUUGCACCAGCCCUGGCCAUUGAUGAAAACAUGGAUAUCUCUUGCUACCAUAUUUGGGGGAAGUGUGCUUUACGUCUUAACAGACUACCAGUUCACUUUUAUGGCUUAUAGUUGGGCCUUGGCUUAUCUUGCGAGCAUGUCAAUUGAUUUCGUUUACAUUAAGCACGUGGUUAUGACCAUUGGUUUGAACACAUGGGGUCUUGUCCUUUAUAACAAUCUUGAGGCCCUCCUCCUGUUUCCUAUGGAAUUGCUUAUUAUGGGGGAAUUCAAUAAGAUCAAGCAUGAUAUUGCAGAUGAGUCAGAUUGGUACUCUUUUCAGGUAAUUUUGCCUGUAGCCUUAUCUUGUAUAUUUGGUUUAGCAAUCUCUUUCUUUGGGUUCUCGUGCCGGAGGGCAAUUUCUGCGACUGGAUUUACUGUGCUUGGUAUAGUGAACAAGCUACUUACAGUUGUGAUAAAUCUGGUUAUUUGGGACAAACAUUCCACGCUCGUGGGGACCGUUGGCCUUCUCAUUUGUACGUUUGGUGGGAUUAUGUAUCAGCAAUCUACAAGCAACAAGCCCAAAGCUGUGAAAGAAGCGAAAAUGCAAGAGAUUGAGGAAGAACAACAUAAGCUGCUUGAAAUGCAAAGCGACAUAAACAGCCAAAAUAGUUGCAACAACGACAACAAUAAAAAGGAAGUCGAUGAAUCAGGGACAGACAAGAUGCAUGUAAACCUUACCCCCACAUAAUUGUAUGGAGAGGUUGUUUCCUUGGAGUUGAAUUUAUAAUCUCUAGGGGUGCAACUCUACUAUUAGGUCACAUAUUCCUACAAAAUCUAUUCUGCAGAAAAAUCGUCUUCUGCUAAGAUGUCAAAUUGGAUUGGUUGAGGACUGUUUUUCAAUUGAUGUGGUGGGGGGAAUCUUCUAUUGAAUGGCCUUUACAGGCUCUUACUAUA